AUGAGAAGUCGAGGUUUAUUCAGGGAGUCACCGAGCACUGUCUGCGCGUUUUGCGCGCAUCAGGUCCGGCAAUCUCGCCGUCCGGCGCAUAUUCAACGUCGUUUCCUGCAAUCUUCUCGUCCAGCAUCCAAACCUCCUAGCGAAGCAUCUUGUCUGCAAGAAGAAGGGAAUGAUGCAGAUACACGGUCCAGUCCUUCUACGUGGGGGCGUCCAGCAGCUGCGCGAGGGAGUAGGCUUGGGCCGACACCUUCUUGGGGCCGACCUGUUGGAAAGGGGGGAGUGCCACCUCCGAGUAGCUGGGGACGACCACAUCCUGAGCCCAAUGGCAUAUCUUCUGCCUCCACGCCGGUAGCACACGGGAAUCAGACAGCCACGACUCCAAAUCUCUUACCUCAUGAACAACGAGCCAGGGAGUUAAUGCUGGAGAAUACAAAUAAAGCACAGCAACGACCCGUCAUGAUCCCUAGAGGACCAGGGCCGGAAUCAAAUCGAGCUGGCCGUCCUGUGGUUAUGCAACGUACUCCAGAAGUGGAGCUCGAAAUUGCGCGGAGAAGUUCUAGGAGGGAGGAAGCGAGGGCGAUGCAGUUGCUGAGACAGCAACGCCAACAAGAGGCUUCCAAUGGCGCUCCACCUAACAUCCGGAAAGUGGACACUGACACACCAUUUUGGCCUGCUUCCAGGGACACUCGUUCCGGGGGAGAAGUGCGACCUCAAGGAGGGUUUUCCAAGAGGAAUGCUGGACCUAUAAUCCAAAGAGUGGGGAUUCUAAAUUCUCCUGAGCCGCCUUCUCAGACUGCUUCUGGGGGCACUCGUUCUUUAACAAAAGAGCGGCCUCAAUGGGGCCAAUUGAGACGGAAAGCCGAAGUGGACCCUCAAGAACCUGUUCAGUCGGGAGAGAAAAGCUUUGAUAAAAGCCGGGCUCAAAGAGAGGAGCAGGCCAAGACAGCCCGAUACACACCUAUAUUCAAGCCUUCAAGCCGAGAGCAACAGCCUUCAGAUGAGUCGCGGAAUGACGAUUCCUUCCGUAUAAGCAGAGAUAACAUAUCAAGGCAGAGUUUUAGCACACCAGAACCCAAGGAGCCCGUGCAACGAGAUACUAAUGCCUCUAUGGACCGACUAAAGAAGUCCAGUGCGCGAUUUUCAUCAGAGCCGUCCCCCGGCUACAGCAAUGUUGCAAAGGGCAAAGAUAGAGACAAGGCAAAGAGACGUCAGCAGUUUGCAUACGACAUAGAAGAGGAAGAGGCGGCUCGCGAGGAGGCUCGGAAACGCACUGAAUUGAAGAAGCAGCGGAAACGCGAAAAAGCGGCGCGAAAGCCUGUUCCGAUAAUGCUACCAGAAUUCAUUUCGGUAUCCAAUUUAGCAAUUGCGCUGAGAGUCCGACAGGAGGAUUUCAUUGAGAAAAUGACGGAGCUGGGUUUCGAAGAAACAAACCAUGACUUUAUCAUGAACGCUGAAAAUGCAGGCCUCAUUGCGAUGGAAUACAACUAUGAGCCAAUCAUUGACCGAGGCGAGUCUGAAAAUCUGACAGCGAGAGCCCCCGCUCCCGAUCCGUCUAUACUACCACAACGACCCCCUGUAGUCACAAUUAUGGGCCACGUCGAUCAUGGAAAGACGACCAUCCUCGAUUACCUACGCAAAUCAUCCGUUGCCGCAACCGAACAUGGCGGGAUUACUCAACACAUUGGUGCCUUCUCCGUACCGAUGCCCUCGGGCAAAACCAUAACUUUUCUCGAUACACCAGGUCACGCUGCAUUUUUGAGCAUGCGUCAACGAGGUGCCAACGUUACAGAUAUCGUUAUAUUGGUGGUUGCAGCGGAUGAUAGUGUCAAGCCUCAAACUAUCGAAGCUAUCAAUCACGCCAAAACAGCCAAGGUCCCUAUUAUAGUCGCUAUCAACAAGGUUGACAAAGAGGAAGCCAACAUCGAGCGAGUCAAGCAAGAUCUUUCGAGACAUGGGGUUGAUGUUGAGGAUUUCGGUGGCGAUACACAGGUUGUUUGUGUCAGUGGUAAAACCGGCCAAGGCAUGGGUGAGCUUGAAGAAGCUGCUGUAGCGCUGUCCGAUAUUCUAGACAUGAGAGCUGAAAAAGACGGCGAGGCCGAGGGGACUGUCAUUGAAGCAAGUAUCAAGUCUAUGGGCAAAGUAGCGACUGUGCUGGUCAGACGAGGCACUAUGCGUCCCGGUGACUUCAUCGUUGCAGGCCAGACCUGGGCCCGAAUCCGAUGUCUCCGCAACGAAGCUGGCAUUGACAUCGAGGAAGCUGGUCCGGGAACGCCGGUGGAAAUCGAUGGCUGGCGUGAACAACCAGUUGCUGGUGAUGAGGUGCUUCAAGCUCCUGACGAAGCGAAGGCCAAAUCCGUUGUCGACUAUCGGCUCGAAAGGGAGGAGCGAGAGAGGAUGGCUGGUGACAUGGAAGCUAUCAAUGAGAGCCGCAAAGCCGAACAAGACAAACGUGAGCAAGAAAGACUAGAAGCUCGUGCUAAAAAAGAAGGAGUUGUACUUGAAAUGCCAGAGCAAGAGGUUGGUGGACCGAAACAAGUCUAUUUCAUCCUCAAGGGCGACGUUAGUGGUUCGGUCGAGGCUGUCAUCGACAGCAUUGCGCAACUUGGUAAUAAGGAGGUUCAGCCACAUAUCCUCCGUUCUGGUGUCGGUCAACUGUCGGAAUUCGACAUUGAUCACGCCGCUGUUGCUAAAGGGCAUCUCAUCAAUUUCAACACGGAGGUGGAUCCACAUAUUCUAAAGGCCGCCGAACAAGCCAAAGUCAACAUUCUUGAUCACAACAUCAUUUAUCGCCUUGUGGAUGAUGUCAAAGCCGAACUUAGCAAGCAUCUCCCGCCGUUGAUCACACAAAGGGUACUGGGCGAGGCGGACAUUGCGGAGGUUUUCUCAAUUACGGUCAAGGGACGCAAACUGAAGAAUGUUGCCGGAUGUAAGGUCAGGAACGGGACUAUUGGCAAGAAUGCUAAAGUCAGGGUGAUGCGGAAUGGCGAGAAGGUAUUUGAUGGCAACCUUGCUUCGCUCAAAAACGUCAAGAAAGACGUGACAGAGAUGAAGAAAGGCAGCGAGUGCGGUAUGGGAUUUGACGGCUGGUUUGAUUUCCAAGUUGGAGAUCAGAUCCAGGCUUAUGAGCAGAACGAAGAGAAGAGAUAUUUGUGA